CGCCGCCGCUCCCGGAGCCCCGCGAUGCUCCGCCGCCGCCUGCCCCUGCUCGGGCCCGGGCUGCUGCUGCUGCAGACGGUGUGUGCUGGCGGUCACAUCGCCAAGACCUUGGGGUACCUGGAGAUGGGCACCUCCGGCCUCCUCAAGGACGUCCCCUAUGGCACCCUGAAGCCCCCAGUGCUCAACCUCGGGCGGCUGAUUCCAGCAGAGCCCCCCAGGGGCGCGGGGACACCGGUGGGCACCGGACGGAGCCCCUGGGACUGGCAGAAGAACCAGACGGCCGGGGAGCUGCUGAGCCCCCGCGCCCACCGCAAGCCCACCCUCAAAUCGAGCCGCACCAAGAAGAUUUUUGGUUGGGGCGACUUCUACUUCAACAUCAAGACGCUCAAGUUCAGCCUCCUGGUGACGGGGAAAAUCGUCGACCACAUCAACGGCACCUUCAGCGUCUACUUCCGACACAACUCCUCCAGCCUGGGCAACGUCUCCGUCAGCAUCGUGCCCCCCUCCAAGGCGGUGGGUUUUGAGGUGCUGGUGCCCGGCCCCCCACCACUGCCACAGCCCCCACCCCCUCCCCAGCAGAGCACCCUGCCCGAGGGGCGCCCGGCCAAGGCGCUCAAUUGCCACGUGGAGUACGAGAAGACGAACCGGGCGCGGAAGAACAAACCGUGCCUGUACGACCCGUCCAAGGUGUGCUUCACGGAGCACACGCAGAGCCACGCGGCCUGGCUCUGCGCCAAGCCCUUCAAGGUCAUCUGCAUCUUCAUCUCCUUCCUCAGCAUCGACUACAAGCUGGUGCAGAAGGUCUGUCCCGACUACAACUUCCAGCACGACAUCCCCUAUUUCGGCUGAUGGCACCGGGGUGGGGGGGGUAGCAGUGCCCCAUUGUCAUUUGGGGCCCCCUGUCACCCCCACACCGGCCCCCUCUUCAUCACUGGAGCAUCUCUGUGCUGGGUUGUGGGACAGCCGGUGCUGGGGGUCCUGGACCCCACCCAAUGCCAUCCCAUCACAGGGAUUCAGUUGGCUCUGGGGGUUGAAGGUUCCCCCUCAAAAUGACAUCCCAUCCCUGCAGCAUCCCUGCACCACAAUGGGGUACGGCCAGUUCUGGGGGUCCCACCCACCCACUGAGACCCCAUCACUGAGUACUCCAUACUGGGGUCCCAGUUCCCCUCUAGUGACAUCCCAUCACUGGUGCUGGGGGUCCUGGACCCCCACACACUGACACCCAUCACUGGGGUACUCCUGUCCCUGGGGGUCCCCUCCACCCAAUGAGAUCCCAUCACUGGGGUGCUCCUGUCCCUGGGGGUCCCCUCCACCCACUGAGACCCCAUUAUUGCAGCCCCCCAUUCUGGGCUCCACCUCUUCCUGGGGGUCCCAGCCCCCUCACCCACUGACACCCCAUUAUUGCAGCGCUGCCUGUGCUGGGAAUCCUGGACCCCCACCCAUUGAGACCCUCCCCACACCCACUGAAACUCCAUCACGUCCCACCCGGUGCCACCUCGGGUACAACUGGUGCUGGGGGCCCCGGCCCCCCCACCCACUGAGACCCCCCCACUGCAGCUGGGGGGUGCAGGCAGAGUCCCCCCCAUGCUGGGGGCUGGGCUGGGGUCGCUGGCGGGCACAGCUCGUGUGAUGUCACCUCUGGAGUGUCACAGAUGGCACGGGGGGCAGAUCAGGGUGCUGGAGGGGGGGCUCAGUCCCCACCCUAUACACUGGGGGGGGUUUUGGUGUCUCUGCAGCUUUCCAGCUGUGUAAGGGCCCCACCCUGGUAUUCUGGAGCCCCCCCUUCGGUGCCACAUCCCCCGGUGCCCCAUGGACCCCCCCACCUCCAUGGGGGACCCCCCAGGUGUGCAGCCCCUCCACCCAACGCCGUGAAGAAGUGCCAGGGGUGGUUAGGGAUGCGAUGGGGGGAGGCGUUCCCGGGGGGCUGCCCCCUCCUCUCGGGAAGGGACUUCUUCAUCUUUUUUUUUUUUAAAGAAAAUUAAAAUGGAAAAAAAAAAGUGGAAAAUAAAGAAA